GUCUCUUGUUCUCCAGGGCGAGUUUCCUCUUAUGUUUCUCAAACCCGUCGACCGCGUUGAGGUUAAGGCACGACUUCGGUUCCUGGCAGAGAGCAUCUUCGAGUCAGCUACUACCACAAUCGAAUUAUCUAUCCUUGAUACAGGGUAAGUCUUUCACUUGCCCACGUAGUUAAAUAUGGAUCCCAUUCAACCUGGUACUCGUUGAUGUUCUCGCGGACAAUGCGCUGGAUGGGGUAUUCUUCCUCGGUGACGUUCAAAAUCUGCCCGUCAUUCGACAGAGCGUAUCUGUUUUUCAGCUUCUUCUUUCUCGGGCUUCCUUCUUCGGAUGGAUGCACAUUCAGCUUGCGUUUGGAACUCAUUAUGCGCGUUCGGUGGUUCUCACGGCGGCGGAGGUGUAGGAGUCCAUGUUGGAGAGAGAGAGAGAGAGAGAGAAAACUGGGGGAGGACUGGUUAUAUAUGAUAUUAGAAACCGGUUCCGGCACCCGGACAAUUCGACAGUAAGAAACUCUCCUAUUCAAUGCUAUAUCAAUAGCGUGAGGGGGGGCUGGGACGCAGUGAUUGAAGAGGAUGGGGG